AUGAGCAAUGUUAAUGAUUGGUACAGUCAUUUCCUUGCUAAGAGGAGCAUUCCUUUGAAACGGGAAGUUCCUCUGAACUCACCAACGGAAGGUUUUGCUCUCUCUCUUACAAAGCUCCACAUAACCAAGUUGCAUCCUGAGUCUAAGUAUCGUAUAAACGCCUACUUUUAUGAUUCGAAGACAACUCAGUUAUUUGGAUGUCCUUUCUACUCACAGUGGGAACAGCCUGUUCAUCAUGAAUGUACUUUCGAUGAGAUGGUUUUCUUCCAUUGUCCUCGAGUGGAUGAUAACAUCAUGCUCGUUCUUGAAGUUGUAGAGGAUUCGAAUAUCUUAAACAAUGAGUCGACAACGAUUGCUUGGGGCACUAUCCCUGUAUUGAUCAGUAAUGAACCUAUACCUACUUUCGGUAAAACUCCUCAAGGGAUACCUCAUAAGCGACUACAUUUGCAUCCAGGUUCACCUAAAGUAUUGAUGUUCGUUUCCAAGCUUGAAACCGAGACAGCAACGUCUGGAACGCUGGAUUUCCUUCUCUACAGUCAUCCCAAACUGUCUGAUGCUUUCGAUUUUUUCCCUGAUUUUUGCAUUGUUGGACAGAAUGAUGAAAUACCUGGUUUGAGGCGUUCAGGGGACACCAUCGCAUUAGCUAAUCCUACACCAUUACCUCUUGUACCGGCUUCUCUUGAUGACAUCGGUCUAUCUUUCGGCCCUUAUGCUGAUCGCUUAGAGCAAAUGAUCUUGGAAGAAGUUAAUACCGAGCGAAUCUAUUUGGAAAACAGUACAGAUAAAGAAAAAGCUGAUCCCAUGUGUGUUCUUGAGCGCAGGCUGAGGAUUGGAGUUCACAAUGGAUACACAUUUCUCUUCGAACCUAUGAUGGUUCAUCUAUCUUCUCUCGAUGAACAGAUCAUGGGAAGUCAUUCUCUAAGAAGGAAAGGUCGGCCAUUGAGUAGAAGUUCGACGGAUUUAAAAACGGAACUGAAUACUUUGUUCGUGCGUUCGAAAGUUUCGAUACCAAGCUUACAUGAAGAUUCGCGCAUGACGUUGGUGUUCGCCUUGGACUACUUGCUGGGAGUUAGAACUAAAAACAAUAACAUAAGUAGUCACACCCAAUCUAUGAUAAUAUGCUGGGGAGCUUGGAGACCAUUUGCAAACCCUGUAUUAGUAGCCGAAGGGGGUAGAAUCCAAGCAAGCGUUUCGUUAAUUGGUGGCUCCCGACCCAACCCAGAGGAAAGCCUAUGCUUCAAGAACCUUAUACACCUCUUUCGAAGAGAUGAUAGUGCUCUUGUUGAGAGUGCACCCAAGAUCUUCAUAAAAUUCACUUUCUCACUGCUUGAUAUGAUACCACAUGUUGGACCAUCUUCCCGAUUAGCGCUUUCAACGGAGAGUUUGAUCAGUACGCCUCAUCAACGAAUCCCUUCGCCCGUCCCACAUCAUGAACAAAUGAUGGAAGAUACCAUGGAAGAUGAGAAUAACGAAAUGGAAAUAGUUUCCGCUAAAGUGGUGAAGCCAACCCCAUUGAGUCAAGAGAAACUACCAAGCAUUCUGGUGAAGAAGCCAGCCAUUAGAACAACAUCCGAUUUCUCGAAAUCAAUGGAGAAAGCCUUCGAUGUUGAUGAAAUACAAGAGCCGAGUCCAAGAGACAAUGUGCCGAGUGUAUAUGAAAUACCUUGGAGGGAAUCAAAAACGGCGAAUAUGUCGAGAGCAGUGAUGUCUUCGUUAGCCAACGAGAAGUUCGCGCCCAUUCUUGAUCGUAAUGGUGAUGCUCCAAGUCUUGUGGAUAUUCAUGCCGUAUCUUCUUCGAACAAUGCGAUUGAAGAAAAUGAUCGUUUAGAUACAAACGAAAUAAUUCUUCAGUUCUUGUCAUACAAGUGUUUGAAUCGACCUGAUGCUGUUCAACCACGACGUAUCUUCUUCACGGUCAACUUCUAUCGUUUUGCGGAGAUCACAUCAGAAGAGCUGCUGAUAACCGAUUCUGCUCACAACGGACCAAACGUGUUGAGACGUCUGUCUGAAAAUAGUGAUUACUCGGAGAAUGAGUGGCCCCCAGGCUUUUCAAUCAAAUAUAUCAUUGAUCGACAAUCAUCGAAGCUUUCAUCUUUUGAUGAAUUUCUGACAUAUCUUAGAAGCGAGUCAUUGGUAAUAGAUAUAUGGGAUUCCCAAUCGUUGAUUCUGCAAGGCACAGCUCGAAUACCACUUCGAAGCUUAUUGAGAGCUGGAAAAGAGGCAGUUCAGAGCAUGGUUCAAUGCCCCGUUGUAUGCUCUGCUGUUUCUGACCAUAAAUCUACUAUGGCCGUCUUGUUCUUGAAAAUGGCAAACAUCGGCCACCCGUCCAGUAAUCAAAUCGGUUUGUUUAUAUUAUAA